CUCCCCAGAAGCCGGGCUCCCCGCCCCACCGGCCUGCGAGGUGCCGCAGGGAGGGUGCGGUUUGGCUUGUCAGCACCCAGGGACGUCACAAACCCUUUGUUGAACAGGACUCCAAGGCUCUAAGGAUGGAAGAGUCAUAUUUGGAAAGAGCCUGGGUACUUGAAUCACUGUAUGGAGGAAAAUCACUUGCUGAGCAGGAACAUCCUCAUUGGACUAGCUAUGUGGGCUGGAGUGCAAUGGCACGAUCUUGGCUCACCGCAACCUCCACCUCCCGAGUUCAAGGGAUUCUCCUGCUUCAGCCUCUGGAGUAGCUGGGAUUACAGAAAUUUGGUUGGUAACAUUGAUGAGACACUCCUCACCUGCCUGAAAUGCCCUUCAUUAUCUUUUCAGGUUGCAAGGGCUCUGGAACAGCCCUUGCAGUACUCACAUAAAGCUGGAUGACCUGUCCUGGGCCAGUGACCCUGGACUUCAGCCAUAUUUCAGCAUCUCAAGGGAGCCUUGGGAGGAGCUCAAAUUACUGAUGGAAUUGGACAGUGCAUGGAGAUGGUUCAGCAGGACAAGGUGCUCAAAAUUCAUCCCUGUGUGACCUCAAUCCCUGGCUCCACUUCUUCUGCCACAAACAUCAGCAUGGUGGUAUCUGCCGGCCCUUCGUCCAGUGAGAGACAAGAGAUGAACAUUGGAGAAAUCAACGAGAAAUUGCGCCCCCAACCGGCAGAGAACAAACAGCAGUUCAGAAACAUCAAAGAGAAAUUUCUUGUAACUCAAGUGGCCUACUUCCUGGCCAACUGGCAGAAGAAAUACUAGUAUGAAGAAUUCAAAGACCUCAUAAAAUCUAUGCUGAGGGAUGAGCUGCAGUUCAAGGACGAGAAGCUUGCAGAGCAGCUUGGGCAAGCUGAGGAGCUCAGGCAAUAUAAAGUCCUAGUUCACUCUCAGGCACGAGAGCUGGCCCGGUUAAGGAAGAGAUUACAGGAAGGGAGAGAUGCCUCCUGCUCAUUGAAUCAGCAUCUCCAGGCCCUCCUCACUCCAGAUGAGCCUGACAACUCCCAGGGGCAGGAUAUCCGAGAGCAGCUGGCUGAGGGCUGCAGGCUGACAGAGAACCUCAUCCACAAACUCAGCCCAGAAAAUCAUGAAGAUAUAGAUGACGAUGUUUACAUUGAGGAGGCUGAGAAAGUGCGGGAAUCACGUGCCCCUAGGGAGGUGCAGAAGCCUGAAGAGAAGCAAUUCCCUGAGGACUUACUGGACGAAUGUGCUCUCACUUGUUCAAAUAGCCACCACCCUUCUGACUCCAGCCAGCCUCACAGGAAAACCAAAAUCACAUUUGAGGAAGACAAAGUUGACUCUGCGCUGGUUGUAGACAGUGAACCCUCUCAUGAUGAAGGGGAGGAAGCUCUAAACAUUCUCCCAGAAAAUCAAAGUGAUCAUGAGGAAGAGAAAGUAAAAGGGCCAGUGCCCCCCAGGAAUCUGCAGGAGUCUGAAGAGGAGGAAGCCCCCCAGGAGUCCUGGGAAGAAGGUUAUUUGACUCUCUCAAGUCCUCCGGACAUGUCUGCCUUCUACCAGUCUUACAGGAGCACAUUGCACUCAUUAGAGGAACAGCAAUUCGUCUUGGCUCUUGGUAUAGAGAGACAUCAGUGUGAUCAUGUGAAAAAGGAGGAUCAACAGGCAACACGUCCCAGGCUCAGCAGGGAGCUACUGGAAGUAGAAGAGGCUGAAGUCUUGCAGGACUCACUGGAUAGAUGUUAUUUGACUCCUUCCAGUUAUCUUGAACUGCCUGACUUAUGCCAGCCCUAUGGAAGUGACUUUUACUCAUUGGAGGAACAGCACAUUGGCUUGGCUAUUGAUGUGGACGAAAUUGAAAAGGAUCAAGAAGAGGAAGAAGAUCAAGACUCACCAUGCCCCAGGCUGAGCCCAGAGCUGCCAGAGGUGGAGGAGCAGGACGUCCUGCAGGACUCUCUGGAUGAAGUUUACUUGACUCUUUCACUUUCCCAUGACCCGUCUGAUUGCCAGCAGCCUUAUAGCAGCACAUUAUCCUCAUUGGAGGAUCAGCUUGCCUGCUCUGCUCUGGAGGUAGCCUCUGCCACCCAGGUGGCCUGUCCUUAUGGGUCUUGGAGUGGAGACUUGAGCCACCACCUGAGAGAGGUGCAGGCUUCACAGGCACAGCUGGAGCCAGGAACCCUGGUGCCCAAUUGUCUGCCACUGCAACUGGAUCAAGGGUUUGACUGUGGCUAUGACUUAGCCAGGCGGGGCAUUUCCUCCACCACCUGCAGCUUCACAGCCAGCGCUGAUCCUGCGAACCAAUGGCCCUUCCAAGAGCUGGGUUUAGAGCCUUCCCUUGGAAUGAAGAACCCUCCCCAGCUGGAAUGUGAUGCUCUUGAAGGCUCAGGUGACAACACACAUGAGCAUCAAGUCAUUUGCCACAUUCAUGCCUCAAGUGUCCUGAAACUGAAGAUGAUCAAAAGGAAACUGCUGUUCAGCAAGUGGAGACUGGCAUACAGAUUCCCUGGCCUGCAAGCUUAGGGUACAAAGAUACCAAAUACUGCUGAAAGGAUGAAAAGGAUGAAAGGGUGUCAUCAAAGUAGUUUUUUCACUUGAUGAAAAAGAAUAAAACAGCAAAACAAGUUCAAGAUCAAACCCAACACCACAAGGAUCCUUUGCUGAGGAGUGAACUUAAGACCACGAAAUGCUCUUGAUGAUUUUAACCCACUAGGCCCCUUUGAUUUGAGAAGCCACAUCCUUCCCCCUCCAACUGCGAUCAAUUGUGAUCAGUACCUAAAGAGACCAAUCUCAGAUGGACAAACAGCAUUCAGAGGCCGUAACCCUUCUUCUCUCAAUUCCUAUCCUGUAGAGAGAGAACAGGAGUCAGGACCUGCUGGCA